AUGUCUGAUUAUAAUUUAAGUCGACUUGGUUUAUAUUUUGAUGAUCAAAAUCGGAUCCGAAUUCUUGAUCCAAAUGCCAAUCAAACUACAACUGAAUUAACUUCAGAAUGUUCAGAAUUUAUUCAAAGUACACUGGAAUUUCAAGAAAUUGUUGAUGAUUUUAUCCAAAUUGUUGCCAAUCUUAAGGAGAAAGUUGAAAAGGAGAAAAUCAAAGCAUUGGGAUCACGUAAUUCACUUAAAUCUGUUGGUAUGCAAAAGGAAUCUAAUCGACAACAGUUAAUUGUGUUGAUUAACGAGAAACGACAAGAACUGGAAAGAUUGAACAGUUUGGAGCAAUCGUUGAUUAGAGAUGAGGCCGAACAGAAAGAUUUGAUUGAACGUCUCACAAAUUUAAGAUGAUCUGGAAUUUGAAUCUAUUCAAUGACAAUUAAUGAGUAAUUUGAAGGUGAAAUUUGAAAGAAGAGAUCGAAAUUAAAAGUUAAAAUGAAUCGA